UAUCGCCAAUGCAGGAUGAUGUGUUUUCCGUUAUGUUUACAUUACGUUUUACAUGUGGCAGCCCGGUGCCGGGCGCUGCUCGUCCUCCGGAGGUUAGCUGCGGGCACAAGACAAAUUUUCAAGGCGAACCCGUGCGGCCUCUCCCCCAGGGUCUGGGGCUGCCCCCGGCCACGGCAAGACCGCGGGGCCCGGCCCGGACUCCAAAUCCCGGCGUGCAGAGCGGCGGCGCCGCGAGACGGCGCGGCCGCGGGCUGCAGCCAAUCGCGCCGCGUCGCGAGCAACGCGCGCCGCGAGUGGCGGAGAGGCCGUCCUCCGCCCCCGCCAAUCGGCUUGCGGAGCGGCUGGGGGGUGCUGGGGUCACAGUGGGCCUUGGCGGGCAGUGUGUGUGGGGCGGGGAGGGCUUCGCGGCCGCUUGUCGUUUCCGCCCGGCUGUCGUGCGCCCUGCGCCGGGCUGCGGGCAGGCCCCGCGGGCCAUGGGGGCCUGAGGCGGAGCUGCGCCGCGCCGCCCAGGGACUCCUUCCUGCAACGGUAUUUUAUAUGCAUGGUGUAGAAGAAAUGAAUUCCACUAUGAGUGAGGAGCCUGAUGCACUAUCUGUAGUUAACCAACUGCGAGAUCUAGCAGCUGACCCAUUGAACAGACGAGCCAUUGUUCAGGAUCAAGGAUGUCUGCCAGGUCUUAUUCUGUUUUUGGACCAUCCUAACCCUCCAGUUGUUCAUUCAGCUUUACUAGCUCUCCGCUAUUUGGCAGAGUGCCGUGCCAACAGAGAAAAGAUGAAAAGUGAAUUGGGUAUGAUGCUCAGCUUACAGAAUGUAAUACAAAAUUUUAAGGGCAAGAAGAGUGUGGAGUUCAGAAACUUGCAGAAAAGGAGAGAUAGGACUACUACACCAGGAGAGACUAAACUUUUAGCUUCUGAAGUGUAUGACAUCCUACAGUCUUCCAAUAUGUCAGAUAUGGACAAUAUGAAUGAGAUGAACUAUCGUCGACGGAAAGCUCAAUUUUUCUUGGGCAGCACAAAUAAACGUGCCAAGACAGUGGUUUUACAUAUAGAUGGCCUUGAUGAUUCGUCUCGAAGGAAUCUUUGUGAAGAGGCCUUGUUGAAAAUUAAAGGUGUUAUUAGUUUUACUUUUCAAAUGGCUGUUCAAAGAUGUGUGGUCCGAAUUCGCUCAGACUUAAAAGCAGAGGCUUUGGCAACGGCAAUAGCAUCGACGAAAGUUAUGAAGGCACAGCAAGUUGUGAAAAGUGAAAGUGGAGAGGAGAUGCUGGUUCCGUUCCAAGAUACUCCAGUAGAAGUAGAGCAGAAUACAGAUCUACCUGAGUAUUUACCAGAAGAUGAAAGCCCUACCAAGGAACAAGAUAAGGCUGUGUCUCGUGUUGGGUCACACCCAGAAGGUGCAGCAAGCUGGCUCAGCACAGCAGCAAACUUUUUAUCUAGAUCUUUCUACUGGUGACUUGUAUUUGGUGUUAAAAGACUGUGUGAACCAACAGGGGGGCCAGUUUUCCAUUGGUGUGGUGAACUGCCAAGUGCAAUUUGCAAUAAAUUACCACAAAAAUUUUAGGUUACACAAAUGUAUGCUGCAUUUUACAUUUUAUUGGACAUUUAGCCUGAUAGGGCAGGGGUCAAAGAACAGAGGCCUCCAAUCAAGUUGUCCUUUCAUCUGUUUUUCAUGUAGAUUUUAUUGCUUCACUUUUUAAAAUGGGUCCACUGUUAUAUACCAAACAUGCGUACAGAGCUUUAAGUUUGACUUCACAUGAAACACGUGGUAGGGAAAAUGCGUUUAAGUCAAGUCUCAGGGCCUCUGUGAAAGAAAAUUCUUAAUAGCUGUAGUUGUGCAUUACUCAAAAUGCCUUUUUUAUUUCUGCAUCAGUUUGGACUAAUGCUACUUUGAUUAAUUUUCUAGACAUUGACUCCAGAGAAAAAUAUAUUCUGCCUCUUUUUUGCCUUUAUUUUUGCCAACUACGUUCACAGAUUGAGCAUGACAUGUUCCCUUUUUGCUAUUAAAAUAGAAUCACUACAGACUUGAAAUUUAUAGCCCUUUUAUGCAUACUGAAAUUUUUUUCCAGCCUGCCCUUUGCCACUGGAGUGUUAAGAAACAAGGGAUUGAACAAACAGAAAUAUGUAUGCAUAUGUUGUACAGUAAAUAAACUAGAACAUAUUUGUAAUGAUGGGUGUGACUGACUCAUGUAUAUAAGUAAUAAAUACCACUGACUGCUACUUAGGCUAGUGAAGAAGACUGUAGCAAAAAAGCUGUGGUCUACUGUGAUGGCCUAUUGCAGCUCUGUCUUCAGAGGCUGGGGGUUGUAGGCCUUAUUCAGUUAAGAAAUGGUGUUUACUGUUAGCAAAUGGUAACUGCAACUUUAUUAAUCUUGAAGACUAAAGCAGAACUGAAUGCCUCUUGCCACAGUGCCACUGUCAUAAAUUUUGACUUUAACCCUUUGUAUUAUUUUACCUAACAGAAAUCUGGUACGUCGUUAUUGUUCCCUCCUUAUGUCUUUCAUGAGACUCCCAUGAAAGUACAUCAGCUUAAAUAACCUUAAAAACAUAUGCAAACAAUUGGCUUUAACUUGUCACUUACCCUGACAUCUUUAAACCUACACUGUCUGUAAUUUUUGUGACCAGAAACAAUGGUAAAAGCAAAACUUCUGUAGGUAGAGGAUAAUGUAUAUCUGAGAUGUUAGUAAGGAUCAUGUGCCUGAGAGGAUUCUAUAUACAGUGCUUGAAAACUGCAGUGGCACUGCUUUGUUGCACCAGAGAAAUACAGCUGAGAAUUUUAAUAAUAUUUUAAACCUCAUUCUACAAUGCUUUUUUGUGGUAAUGUAUUUACUGUAAUACUAACUAUAUUUGCCACUUGGAGACCAAGACAAAAGUUUAAUACAUCUAGGUUAUUCCCCUGUGCCUAUGCAGAAGGAAUACAAAAAACAAUCACAGGCUGUUCUAAUAUUACAGAAAUGCAGAAGAGAUGAUAGUGUAGAAUAAUAACAGGUCAGAGUUCACCCACUCAAAUUAAUUGUCAUUCUAGGACGAAGAAGAAAGCUUGUUGUCAGACUAGCUGUCCCAUUUUUUAAUAUAUAGUUUAUUUUUGAUUCAGGUUUACACGCACAGAUUGAAAAUACAGGCUUUUCAAGGCAUGUAUUGCUUUAAAUAUGUAAUACUACUCAUUGCUGUCUAGAAUGUUACCAUACCAAAUGUGUUUGAGAAGUCCUCUGUUGUAUAGCCAUGAAUGCAGAGUUUAUUUUUCUGCAUUAACAUCUGUUUGUAUUUGCAUAACUGCACAUCUAUUUACUAAAAGACUACACCCUCUGGAUAUUAAUGGUUCAAUACCAGUAGGUAUGACAGUUUGUUUGUGCAUUCAGUCUGUAGGUGUGCUUUUUUGACAGUAUUGCAGCUCUUGUAGAACAGUUCAAGGCAUCUGUAAAAGUUUUUGAAAUAUAUUGUAAGAUAAUAAAGGGUAAUAUUACUAAACAAAA